UGUGUGUGUGUGUGCGUGUGCAUGUGUUAGUGAGUAUGUAUGUGUGUGCGUUAGAGUGUAGAGUGUGUAUGUGACCUGCGUGUGUGUGUGUGUGUGUGUGUGUGUGUGAGUGAGUGUGUGUGUGAUGGCGCUGCGUGAGUCUGCGUUCCCCAGCGUGUGUGUGUCCGGUCUCCAUGCCGUCUCCUGGGCCCUCGUCUUCCCCAGCUUCUGGUUUCUGGAUCGACUCAUAGCCAAUGUCAAAUCCACCACACGCGAGAGGGAAGCCAGACGCGAUCAGGAGUGCUACUACAGACCACUACAGGUCCUGUUCGGCUCUCUCCUCUUCCUCGUCCUCUUCCUGAUCUGGGCGCCCCUCGGCCUGCUGGGGUUUCUGCUGUGGGCUCCUCUGCAGGCGGCGCGUCGUCCCUUCGUCUACCAGCAGGGGGCGCCCCGCCUGAGCGUGUGUGAGGAGCGUAACGCGUCGUGGCGUAGCGAGGGCCGUCUCAGCCUGUCCUUCGCCUCCGCUAACCUCUGCCUGCUGCCAGACAGCCUGGCACGAUUCAACAACCUGCAGGACACACAGUGGCGUGCGGCGACCAUCGGGGGCAGUAUAGUGCAGGCGGCGUCGCGAGCUGACAUCCAGAUCCUGGUCCAAGCCCCCUCCCCCUCCCCUGACUCCUCCCCCUCCUCCUGCAGCGGCUUGCUGGCCCACAAUGCACCUGGAGGAGGAGGUGCUGGACACGCCUCUUACGGCGCCACGGUGACGCAGGCCACACCCAUCGCCACCCCCACAUCACCACAGCCAGCCAAUGAGGUGACGCCUGACACUCAGCCAGCCAAUGAGGUGACGCCUGACACUCAGCCAGCCAAUGAGGAGACGCCUGACACUCAGCCAGCCAAUGAUGUGAGGGCUGAGGCACAGGAGGCUCCACAGCCAGCCAAUGAGGACGCAGCAGCCGCUCCGUUCCCUCACGGGGGGGGGAGGAACUCCGUGGCGCCCCAACCCCCCCACCACCCCUCCUCUCCCGUUGCCAAUAGCAACCCUGUUGUCGGUGUCGGUGGUGAGGGGAUGGUGUCGCUGGAUCUGGAGGGGGCGUGUCAUUCGGCGGGUGAGGCGCCGCCUGUCUCGUUGUCCUCCAUGUUCCCCGUGGGGCUGGACUUCCUGUGUCUGCAGGAAGUGUUCGACAGGCGUGCGGCGCGGCGCAUGUGCAGCGCUCUGGCGCCCCUCUAUGGCCACGUGCUGUAUGACGUGGGGGGGUACGCAUGCCAACCGCCCGGCAGCUGCUCGGCGUUCAAGUUCUUCAACAGUGGUCUGCUUCUGGCCUCGAGACACCCCCUGCUGGCCGCUGAGUAUAACUGCUUCCCAAACGCACGCGGAGAAGACGCACUAGCAGCCAAAGGACUACUCUGCACCAAGGUGCUCCUCAGCCUUCCAGAGCAGGGGGAACAAAGGAUUGUGGGAUACCUCAACUGCACACACCUCCACGCCCCUGAAGGUGAUGGUGCUAUUCGGUAUGAGCAGCUCAACAUGGUGUGUGAGUGGAUUUCGGAGUUCCAGUCCAAACACUCGGAGGAGGGCGAGACGGUGGCAUUCGACAUCUUGUGUGGAGACCUUAACUUCGAUAACACCUCGCCAGAUGAUGACUUGGAGCAGAGUCAUGGCGUGUUUGAUCGCUACUGUGACCCCUGCAGAGCAGGACCUGGUCAGGAGAAACCAGGAGUCAUAGGUACCCUUCUGGAGCAGCCCAGUCUGUAUGAUGAGGAGGUCAACACACCAGACAACCUACAGAGGGCUCUAGAGGACGAGGCGUUGAGGUGUGUGUAUCUCAGCCCCCCAUUGGCUAAAGGAGGUAAGCCCCUCCCACAACAUGGCGGAAUCGGACGACGGAUCGACUACCUGAUGUACCGGAACACCGCCACACACACGGAGGUGGAGGAGGUGAGCUACAUCACCCAGCUGGCUGCCAUGACGGAUCACCUUCCAGUUGGACUGCGACUCAACAUUACACUACCCACAUGACACACACACACACACACACACAUUACACUACACUACCCACAUGACACACACACACACACACACACACACACAAUACACUACCCACAUGACACACACACACACACACA